AUGGAUGUCUUUCAGAAUCGCUUUGAUGGUUCUAUAGACUUUUACAGAAAUUCGACGGACUACGAAAACGGAUUUGGAAAUCUGUUUACAGAGUUCUGGCUAGGUCUCGGGAUUAUGCAGGAAAUAGUAUCAAAUGGACCAAUUGAACUUAGAAUGGACCUAACAGAUGGUGAUGGAACAACAGUUUAUGAAACUUUUCAGAACUUUCAUCUUGACGCUGGUCCAGAGUACACAAUCCAUCUUGAUCCCGGGCAAGGAACGGCCGGUGAUGAUAUUUCAGACUUGGGAAUGUCAUAUCUGAACGGUAUGCAUUUUACCACAAAAGACGUCGACCGCGACCCCUAUCUUCCUGAAAAUUGUGCACAAGGACAACAUGGAGCGUGGUGGUAUAAUCAGUGUGGCGGUGUCAACUUGAAUGGAGAAUAUGCAACCCCAGGUUUUCAACAUCCAAAGGGUUAUUGGUUUGGAAUUUUCUAUCAACCAUAUAGUUUUAAUUCACUUAAAGCAACUAAAUUGAUGUUUCGCUGAAACAAUUGACACAAAUCUUACGAGUUGACGGCGCAUAAAUACUAUUUACAAUAAAAUUGGUUUUUAAUAUGUUUAGUAAUUUCAUUAUAGCCAGAGUAGGAUUCGGGGAGUUCAGUUAGUAGGUUUCGUGUAAGUGUAUUAAGUUUUAUAUACGUUUGAUAAAUUCUUAGGGACGUAUAGUAAAAUUCAAGUACGUUUAGUAAAAUUCGGGGACGGUAAAUAAGUAAAUUUUGUUUACUUUUAAAUUUCGUUUCUUUUAAUACAAAUACUGUUUAAAGGCCAAUUACGCCACAAAAAUACUUUUACGUUAAUUUUUCAAAAGCUUUUUGUUUCUUUUUUUUUAUUUCUGGGUUCUUUUAUAGUUUCAAAAAAAAUGCUCAUUGGCCAAUUACCUGAGCAAUCUAUUACAUCUGUUGCAUUUUAACAAUUAAGCCAUCAUAGAGAUUGAAUAGUUUGUAUGGACGUCAAAAUACUACUUUAUUUACAUUUUGCUAAUUUUAUGACAAAUAAUCUCAUAAUUAGAGCUACUUUCCCCAGGUAACAAGCAUCGAAAAUGCUCUAAAACCAUUAUUUAAACGGUAAACUUCUCAUGUUUGCCCUUUGUAAAGAAGUCAAAAUUCAAUCGUUCAAGAGGAAUAAUGUGCCUUUAAAUAAUAUCCAUAAAAAUUAUAUAUAUUGAAUAUCUAAACAAUAUUUUCACAACUAUUUCUGCUUUGAAAAUAAAUCUACAUCUACACAGAAUAAUACUAAUUUCGACCAAUUUUAUUUAUCUCAAAACCAUUUCCGUCAAUAUUGACGGUAUCUCGAAGAGUUAUUUCAGACAAUUUGUCAAGCUUCAAGGUAUCGUUCCAAUAAGGUGGUAGACGUAUCAGAUAUAGUUUACACAAUGAUAGUAAAAUAGAAAAUGUAACUUGAGGCUAAUCGCAACAAAAGCUUUGAAACGUUUUAUUAUGUACACUUAUGGCAAGAGAAAGAAAUGUCUUGAAUUACAUUAGCCGAAAGCAUUAGCAUGACAAAUAUACACAUACCGACUGGGACAGUACAUGAAAAGAUUGUUUCGAAAUUGAAAGAAAAUGAAAAUGCGGCCGACAACAAAUCUGUUCUAAGAAUAAUAUCAAUGUCAAUUUAUUCUAUUUCCCAAUUUAUCAUGGUCUUUCUUUGACACUAUGGUUUGACAAAUACAACAAAAACUAUUGUCGACAAUAUGUUAAUACAAAGCAAGUCACAUUUCGUGCCAAGUGAACUUGGCAUUUCCUUUGUUGUAACAAAAGACAUUCAGAAUUUUUUCAAAGAUAAAAAUCAAUAAUGUACGACAAAAUGUUGACCUGUUAACGGACGAAAGAUAUGAAGUUCACAGAGUAUGUGAACUUAACAUUAUGAUCAUUCAUAAUACAUGCAUAUGUGGUUUUCGUCUCAAAUGCAGGUAUUUCAUUUGCCGCCGGAAAAAUAUAUUAUUUCUUUCUUUUUUUUGUAAGUGUGGAUAUGUGUGUAUUCAUAUAAUCAAAUAUUUCACAAUAUAUUUAAUUAAAUUUACAUUAUUGAUUUAUUUAUCAUAUAGUAAAUUAUAGGAUAGCACAAAAUAACAUUGAAAAGAAGAAAAAGGACGCGUGUAGCCGAUGCAUUUAAUUGUAUUGUAUUUUUAUUGUAUAUAUUUUAUCAAAUUUGUUUCAAAAUGCCUUGAUAUAUUUAUUAAUUUUGUCACUUUCUUAAAUCAUUCGCUUAACUUUGC